AAAUUGAAUGAAAAUGCCUUUUAUUAAUCAUUUGCAUUGUUUCUGUAAUAUUGUAAGGCAGGAAAGUAUGUAUAAAAACUUUUUCAUAACAUCAUUUUUAAGUAGAGCAACACACUUAAGAACAUUUUUAACUGUAUCUAAAUCAAACUCUAUUACACAAGUGAAAAGAAGUCUUGCUAAGAAGAAGUUACUCAACAGCAGAUUACAGCUUUGGAGUCACAAAGCUUGUAGCAACCUAGCCUUUGUUCCUAAACAUGGCCCUUGCCCUGAUGAACUCCUGGAGAAGUUACAAGAUUUUAUCAAUGAAGCAACAAGAAUAUUUGUACUCACUGGUGCUGGUAUAUCUACUGAGAGUGGCAUCCCUGACUAUAGAUCUGAAGGUGUUGGCCUCUAUGCUACUUCAGAAAAACGUCCAGUACAAUUUAAGGACUUUGUUAACAAAGCAGCUGUGCGUCAGAGUUACUGGGCCCGCAACUAUGUUGGUUGGCCAAAAUUCUCUUCAUUUAAACCAAACAUAACUCAUGUGACUCUUGCUGACUGGGAAAAACAAGGCAAAGUUUGUCACAUUGUCACCCAGAAUGUGGACGCCCUACAUCAAAAGGCUGGCAGUGUCAAGGUGACUGAAUUACAUGGUUCAGCACACAUGGUGCACUGCAUGCACUGCUCGUACAGAAUCAGGAGAGCAGAGUUGCAGCCGCUGCUGACAUCCCUCAACCCUCAUCUGGUCCACUUAUCCUCACAGCAAAUAAGACCUGAUGGAGAUGUUGAACUCUCCAUGGAUGCUGUUGCCAAGUUUGUGGUGCCCCCAUGCCCUGACUGUGGGGGUAUCCUGAAGCCCUACGUGGUGUUCUUUGGAGACAACGUGCCCAGGAGUCGCGUGGAGGCUGUCAAGGAAGAGCUGCGACGAUGCGAUGCUCUCCUCGCACUUGGCACCUCCUUGCAGGUGUACUCUGCCUACAGAUUCAUCUUGUUGGCCGCGGAGUUGGGGGUGCCGAUGGCAGCGGUCAACAUCGGCGCGACGCGAGGCGACGCGCUGCUCAGGGUGCGGGUACCUGCUCGGUGUGGCCAUGUCCUCCCUCUCUUGCACCUAGCGAGAGACGCUCGAACCGCUGCAUAGCUGCCUUAGGGCUUGUCAAGCGUAUAUUUAAUCCUGGCAAGUUUUUCUUUAGGCCUGUUUAUCUUUUCUUUAGGCAUGUCAAGGUUUCCUUCAAGCUGCCAAUCUGAUCUUUAGGCCUGUCAAGUUUUCCAUCAUGAUUAUCUUCAGGCCUGCGAAUCUUGUCUUCAGACUUGUUAAGUUUUCCUUCAGGCCUGCCAAUCUUGCCUUUCUGCCCGUCAAGUUAGCAUUUAGGCCUGUCAAUCGUAUCCGAGUAUUGUAUUUGAUAGACCAAAAGUAUUUGGCAGGCAUCCUUGAGUAUACGAUAGUGUUUAGGCCCCUCAGCCAUCACUGUGCAUAUUAAAUUCUUCCACCACAAGCGGCAUACAAACGCUACUAAUGAUAGUAGUGGCGCUGCAAUGCAUUUAAUUUCAUAGUGACGUCGCUGAUGUCCUGCUAGUGAAGCCGUGAGGCGCUGGAAAGUUGUACUAAUUGCUGUGAACACACGUUCCCAGCUAUAGUACCUAUUCUCAAAUCGUCAAUAUAUUCCGCAUGCUCAGGACGGGCCCAAGAGUUUUUGUUUGUUGAAGGGC